CUUGAAGUCUCACCGGCUCUUCUCUCGCAUUCACACCCGAAGACAUAUUCUGUGUAUUUUAAUAUACUGGUAGACAAUGUCUGCUUUUGAUCCAAUAGAACAUCAGCAUAUACGGUUCAACCCUCUCCGUGGAGACUGGGUACUGGUGUCCCCACAUCGCGCCAAGCGACCAUGGAAAGGACAGGUUGAAAAACUGGAAGCGGAGAAGGUGCCAAGACAUGACCCAAAGAACCCACUGUGCCCAGGGGCAACUCGGUCUAAUGGAGAGGUGAACGCAGAUUAUGAAAGUACCUACGUGUUUAAGAAUGACUUCCCAGCCAUGCUUGAAGAGGGUCCUGCUCCUCCCCCGAGUGAUGACCCACUGUUCCAGGCUGCACCAGCGUAUGGCACCUGCAAGGUGAUGUGUUUCCACCCCUGGUCUGAUCUCACCCUCCCCAUCAUGUCUCACACCGAGGUGCGCAAGGUCAUCGACGCCUGGGCGGAGCUGAAUGUGGACCUGGGCAAGAAGUUCCUGUGGGUGCAGUUGUUUGAGAACAAGGGAGCAAUGAUGGGAUGUUCCAACCCUCACCCUCACUGCCAGGUGUGGUGCAGCUCCUUCCUGCCCAAUGAACUGUCUGUGAAGGACAAGACACAGAAGGAAUUCUACGACAAGUACAACAAACCCAUGCUGGUGGAUUAUACAGAAAAGGAACUCAGUAAGAAGGAGCGUGUUGUGCUGGAGAAUGACCACUGGGUGUGGCUUGUCCCUUACUGGGCUGUCUGGCCAUAUGAGACAAUGCUGCUGCCCAAACGUCACGUCCUGCGAAUCGAAGACCUCACAGACACUGAGAGAGACUCGUUAGCUGAUAUCAUGAAGAAACUGCUGUCCAAGUACGACAACAUGUUUGAUGUGUCGUUUCCCUACUCCAUGGGUUGGCAUGGUGCACCCACUGGAGAGCGUCUAAAGGGAGACAACCAGCACUGGCAACUUCAUGCACUGUAUUAUCCACCCUUGUUGAGGUCAGCAACAGUGAAAAAGUUCAUGGUUGGGUAUGAGAUGCUGGCCCAGUCACAGAGAGAUAUUACAGCAGAACAGGCUGCUGAGAAACUACGGGCAUUAUCUGAAGUUCACUAUAAGCUGACAGAACAGUCAUGAUGACGCAGUGUGUAGGUUGUUGCUGACUGUAGGAGGAAGGUGCUGUGCCUUGUGUAGAUGUCUUGUAGUGGUGUGAACCCAUUGUUUGUGUUACAGUCCUGAAAACACUGCCAAGGGAUGUUAAUAUUGGCCUCACUAAUCAUACACUUUUGUCUGGCGUGAAGUGUUAUUGUUAUGUUUUAUGAAAGUGGAUCUAUGCUAAUGUGUGUAGUAAUUAGCAAGUCAGGUAUCAGGUGGCAAUCAAACUUUAGUGUAAUACUGAGAUUAACCUUUGUUUACCUGAGGGAAGGUCGAUGACUGUGAAAGUCUCCAACCUUCUUGUUAACCAUUUUGAGGUUGCAUGAUUUUAAAUUACACUCAGACUGUUACUUUCACUGCCUGCUUAUUGCAUGAAAGGUGGUUCUGACCUGUCAUAGGUGUCUUCAUGCUAUGUGUAGUGAGCACAAAGAUCACGAUUGUAAUGAGACAGGAGAUAUUGCUGAAGGAUGUGUUUAAUAUUAAUAACAGUUGUACUGAUCUCUUGAAUGCCAGAAAACAAGUAUCAUGCUUUGAAUCUCAGAAUUGCUCUGAUCAUAUUCCAAGGAUUGUCAGUGCUAUACCAGCAGAUGGGUUUCACAAAAGGGGUAAACAUUUAAGACAACCUUACAACUGAAAUAUUGUUCAAAGCAGUACAGACCCCAAGUUACUUACUUUGUUCGCUCGCAUUGUGACAACGUCUCAUUCACGGAAUGAAGAUCUGUUUUCAAAGCUUUAAUAUUCAUUAUAUAUAUAUAGCUGUAUAUAUAGUUACUCAUAUACUCUGAGAUGUGUGUUUUGUAUAUCAUACUCUGAGAUUUGAAUCUCCUUGCAGAAAGCUUGACAGUGUAAUCUCACAGAGCGAUAACUUGAGAACAAGAGGGAUGGGUUUACGAGAUUGUUGUCUAUAACAUUCAUGUCCUUAUUGACUAACUCAGUCAGGGAAAUAUUCAUGCCAAAAUAUUUAUCAAGACCGAUUUAUGUAUUUUACAUUCUCUACACACAAUAAAGAAUAUAUUAGCUGA